AUGAACGCCAAGGUCAGCAUCAACGUCGACCACCUCGAGGCCGGCCGCGACGCCGCCGCCGCCGCCGAGCCGCCCAGCAAGCCGGUCGCCGCCGUCCAGGGACAGGACAAGGCGGCGCUGUUCCUGCAGCAGGCCGGCCGCCCCGUCGUCGUCACGCCCGCCGACGACGCGCGCGUGCUGCGGCGCAUCGACCUGCACCUGCUGCCCAUCAUCCUGUUCGUCUACUGCCUGCAGUCGCUCGACAAGACCACCCUGUCGUACGCGUCCGUCUUCGGCCUCAUCGCCGACACCAACCUGCAGGGCGACCAGUUCUCGUGGCUCGGCUCCGUCGUCUACGUCGCCCAGCUCGUCUUCCAGCCCCUCGUCGCGUACAGCCUGGUGCGCUUCCCGCUCGGCAAGUUUAUUUCCGUCAUGGUGUUUUGCUGGGGCGCCGUGCUGUGCGGCAUGACGGCGGCGCACGACUUUGGCGGGCUGAUGGCGUCGAGGCUGCUCCUCGGCGCGUUCGAGGCGUCGGUCGCACCGACAUUCAUCGCCGUCGUGCAGAUGUGGUAUCGUCGCCGCGAACAGACCACCCGAAACGCCGCUUGGUACGCCAUGCUCGGCGUCGUCAACAUGCUCGGUAGCUUGUUGACAUACGGACUCGGCCACAUCAGCUCCCACCUCCACUCGUACCAAAUCAUCUUCCUCUUCUGUGGAUGCAUCACGGUAGCCUUCUCCAUCGUCAUGCUGUUCUUUAUGCCCGACUCUCCGAUGCAAGCCAAGUUCCUCAAGUACGAGGACAAGCUCAUCGCCAUUGAGCGACUGCGGAUGAACCAGAUGGGCAUUGGCUCCGGUGUCUGGAAGUGGGAUCACGUCCUGGAAGCAUUUCUGGAUCCGAAGACGUAUCUCUGGUUCUCCCUGAUGCUCGUCAUCUCUAUCCCGAGCGGUGGCAUUUCCACCUUUGGUCCCCUCAUCAUCGAGUCCUUUGGCUAUAGCAAGUUCACCACCAUCCUGUUCAACAUGCCCUUUGGCGCCGUGCAGAUGAUCUCCACGCUCGGCGGCGCCUGGCUCUCCAACCGCCUCGGCAUGAAGUCCGUCGUCCUCCUCCUGCUGUGCCUGCCGCCCGUCGCCGGCUGCGCGAUCCUGCUCGUCGUCGGCCGCGCGCCCAGCAACCGCGCCGUGCUCCUCGUCGGCUACUACCUCAUCUCCGUCUACCCGGGCAUCUCGCCGCUCAUCUACUCGUGGUCCGGCCAGAACACCGGCGGCGACACCAAGCGCAAGGUCACCACCGCCAUGCUCUUCGUCGGCGCCAGCGUCGGCAACAUCGUCGGCCCGCUGCUCUUCCGCCCGAGCGAGAAGCCGCGCUACACGCGGGGCCUGCGCGUCAACCUGGCGCUCUUCAUCGUCCUGGCGACGCUGGUCGUCGCCGGCAUGCUGCUCAUCCGCGUCCUCAACAUACGUCAGGCAAGAAGGCGAGUCGCGCUGAACAAGUCUGAGCAUAUCACGGAUAAGAGUAUGAUGAGCCACGGUAAGAGCGAUGAUUCGGAUGAGGCGCUUAACCAAAUCGAGGGCAAUGUCGGCGAGCAUGCCUUUGAGGACGUCACGGACUUGAAGAAUGAAGACUUCAUCUAUGUGUAUUAG